GUCAUAUGGCACGCGGUGGAGUGGACAAAAUCCAUGGCCAAACGGUAUAAGUACUGGCCAGCGCCGGGAAGGGACAGAAACAUACCUUACAACCAUCGCUCUAGAAGCAUUCAUCGCACACGACCUCUACACGUUCAAGUAUGCCCGCUAUCACCUCAGGGAAGAUCUUGGUCACUGGAGCCAACGGGUACAUCGCCGUUUGGAUUGUCAAGUCCCUCCUCGAAGCUGGGUUUGCCGUGCGCGGCACUGUCCGCUCGGAGAGCAAGGCGACGUACCUCCGAUCAUACUUCAAGUCUUUCGGCGACAAGUUCGAAGUAGUCGUGGUCUCCGACAUCACCAAGGAGGACAUGUUCGCCGAAUGGGUCAAGGAUGUCGAUGCCAUUGCGCACACCGCCUCGCCUUUCCACCUGAACUCCGUCGAACCCGACGAGAUGAUCGUCCCUGCCGUCCAGGGUACCCUGUCCGUUCUCAAGGCCGCAGAGGCGCACGGCCAGAACGUGAAGCGCAUAGUCGUUCUUUCCUCCACAGCAGCGGUUCAACUUCCCGGUGACAAGCCCGGCUUCUUUGACGAGUCUGCAUGGAAUGAGGCGUCGGUUGCCGAGGUAAAGGAGAAGGGCCGUGACGCUUCGCCAUCAGCGAAGUACUGUGCGAGCAAGACGCUCGCUGAGCGUGCGGCGUGGGAUUGGUGGCUGGAGCGCAAGGAUAAGGUCCCAUUCGACUUGACGGUGUUGAACCCGCCGUUCGUCUUUGGACCGAACAUUCAUGAUGUGAAGAAGCCGGAAGAGAUGGGUACUUCAAUGCUCAUGUGGUACAACUACGUCGUCAAGGGCGCAGCGAGCAAUGAGACUCUCGCAAACGAUGGCGCGACGUUCGUCGACGUACGCGACAUCGCAGAAGCCCAUACACGCGCAUUCAAGACGCCUGCCGCAGGUGGCCAACGCUUCAUCAUCUGCGCAGGUAGCUACAAGUAUCAAGAAUUCGUCUCUGCUGCUCACCGCUGGUCGAAUAAGCUUCCGGCCGGAAACACCUCUUACGACCCCUCGAAAGCAGUAUACAUGAUCUCACACGACAACCGCAAGGGCGUUGAGACCUUGGGAAUGAAGUAUCAUACCAUCGACGAGACGACACGGGAUUCGCUCGAAGACUUCAAGGCGCGCGGCUGGCUGUAAGCUUGUCGUGACUUGGGUUGUUCUAGACACUCUGAUAGCACUACAUAGUACGGAAGAUGACGAUACGAUUGAAUGUACCAUACAUAUAGAGACAAUCACUUGCAUGACUU